AUGGGAGAUGCACUGUUGACCCCAACCCUGAUAUAUGUAAAGAGUGUUCUGCCAAUAAUCAAGUUGGGAUUGGUGAAGGGGUGUGCCCACAUCACAGGAGGAGGAUUGCCAGGGAACGUUUGUCGCAUCCUUCCUCAAGAAUGUGCUGUCUCUUUGGAUGCUCAUUCCUGGAACAUCCCUCCUGUCUUUCCCUGGAUAGCAUUGCAUGGUCAGUCCUGCCCUGUAGACUCCUUAGUCGAUGGGGGAAAUAUUGCUUUUUUUGCCGGAGGAGCUUUUAACUCCGAUAAUGCAGCUACUUUCGAAACCGAUCCCCAAGAACCGCAAGGUGAAGCCACUGAGAAUAAUCUCCAGGGAAAAUGGAUGCUAGGGACGAUCCUGGAGUUGCUUCGGAAGAUCAUUCCAUCGUUUCACGCGGCGACGUCGGGACAGACGCCCCUGAACGACGUGGCUCUAGCGGAUGUAAGCGAGCCAGCGCCAAGCGGCCUGGGUCAUGCAACUGCAUGUCGAGACCGACAUUCAUCCGACAGAGGAAACUUCCCAACAGAUGUAGUCACCUCCCAAAUGAAGAGAUUUGUUCUGGAGCAAGGACCAAGGACAUGCUGGCCAAAGGGACCCUACCCAAGGGAUGAAAUUCGAGACCGCUCGUUCUCAGAAUCACAUGGCAGUACCGCAACGAAAUCUGGACUGUCCAUCCCAGUAACCUGGCUGUGUUAUUCCCGAAAAUUGGACGCCGCUUACGGAGAUGCACUGUUGACCCCAACCCUGAUAUAUGUAAAGAGUGUUCUGCCAAUAAUCAAGUUGGGAUUGGUGAAGGGGUGUGCCCACAUCACGGGAGGAGGAUUGCCAGGGAACGUUUGUCGCAUCCUUCCUCAAGAAUGUGCUGUCUCUUUGGAUGCUCAUUCCUGGAACAUCCCUCCUGUCUUUCCCUGGAUAGCAUUGCAUGGUCAGUCCUGCCCCGUAGACUCCUUAGUCAAUGGGGGAAAUGUGAAUAUGAGUGCCAAUGUUGAUGUUAUUACAGUGAAUUCUCAUUACAGAAACGUGAGUGCAAGGGAAAUGCUGAAAACUUUCAACUUGGGCUUGGGGAUGGUGCUCAUCAUGGAUAAAGUCCACGUGGAUCAGGUUCUUGGCAUGCUGAGAAGUGAAGGGGAAACUGCUUGGAUCAUCGGUGAUGUCAUCUCCAGGAACCCUGCUUCUUGUGAGUCUUGCUUAUGCUCUCCUCGUCACAGCUGUUGA